AUGUAAGAGAUUGGUUUAUAAAAAAAAGAAAGAAUUACAUUAGCAGUUAUAGGUAAUAUAGGAUCUGGAAAAUCAACUAUGUGUGGCCAUUUAGCUAUACAAUUAGGAUAAGUAAAUGAUCAAAAAUUAAAAGAGGUUAAGUAGGCUUGUGAAGAAGAAGGAUAAGAUGGUAUCAAUUACUCAUAUAUAAUGGAUACUAAAAAGGUAGAAAGAUAGCGCAAAUAGUCUAUUGAUACGUCGAUAUUUCAUUUUGAAACUGAUAAAUUCUAGAUCACAAUUAUUGAUACUCCUGGAGAUACUUAAUAUACAAAAAAUAUGAUGACAGGUAUUUGUUUGGCAGAUGCGGCAGUUUUAAUGAUAAGUGCUGCUGCUGAUGAAUUUGAAAAAGGGUUUGGAAAAGAUGGUUAAACCAAGGAUUUUAUUUUGCACUCCUACGCCCUUGGAAUAAAGCAAAUGAUUGUGUGUAUAAACAAGAUGGAUGAUAGCAAGUACAGUUUUUGUCAAAAAAGAUUUAAUGAAAUAAAAAAAGAAGUUAAGUAGCAGUUCGAGAAAAUAAAUUUUAACUUGUAAAAUAUAAAAUUUAUUCCAAUAUCAGCUUUUUUAGGUGACAACUUACUUGAAAAAAGUCCUAAUAUGCCUUGGUACAACAGCUUUACGUUUUUAUAAGCUUUGGAUAACUUGAUGCCUGUAUCUAGAUAAAAUGAAGGUGACUUAAGACUUCCCGUUUCAUAUGCUUUCUUAGUUGGAGAAGACACAUAAGUCAUAACUGGUAAAGUAGAACAAGGAAUUUUAAAAGCUAAUAGAACUGUCUGCUUUGCUCCUUUUCUAGGUAAAAGCGAAAACAAAUUUGACAUCAUAUAAAUUGAAAUAUAAAAUAAGUAAGUGGAAGAAGCUUUUUGUGGUGAAAAUGUAGGAUUUAGCAUUAAAAAUUUAAAUCUCAAUGAUUUAACAAAGGGAUCGAUUUGUGGAUACACUGGAGAAAAUCAACCUAGAGAAUGUGAAACUUUUGAUGCAGAAAUGGUAAUUAUAAACCAUCCAGGAAGUAUAAAAAGAGGCUAUAGACCUAUGUUUUGCAUUCAUUAAGCCUUUGUUGCUUGCGAAUUCAUAGACAUAUUAUCAAAAGUAGAAAGAAAAACUGCAUAACAAAUAUCUAAUAAACCGGAUUACAUUAAAAAUGGAGAAGCUGCCGUUGUAAGAGUUAGACCUACUAAACCUCUUUCUGUAGAGAAAUUUUCUCAAUGCCCUCCUCUCGGUAGAUUCAUAGUAAGAGACAUGAAUACGAUAGUUGCUAUUGGAAUUAUAAAAGAGGUAGUUUACAAAUAAUGA